CACUCGCAGAGUCCUGUGGGCACGUUGGUUGUUGAUGAUGUGGGCACGCUUGGCGACCCGUGGUGGUGGAUUGUGUGCAUUGUGUGGCGGCGGCGGUGGUGGUUCAGUGCGGUGGGCAAGGAGUCGCAGUACACUGUGGAACACAGGUCAUGUUGCAAGGGCGCAUAGCGUGCUUGCGCCCGCUGCAACUGCAGUAACGGGAACGGCAGCACCAGUGACAGAAGUAGCACCAACAACAGCACCACCAAAAACAACAACAACACCAACAACAUGCACAGCAGCAGCAUCAUCAAAAACAACAACAACACCAACAGCAUGCACAGCAGCAGCAUCAUCAACAGCAACAGCAGCACCAACAACAACAGCAGCAGUUGCACCAGUAACAACGACGGCAACAGCACCAGUAGCAACAGUAGGAACAUGCACGACAGGUGCGAUGAUGACACGAAUGAUGGCGUCGAUUCGACAUCUGCAUAGGAGCAGCGCUGCGUGGCGGACUUCCACGUAUUCCUCCGCUUCCGUGGGCUCAGCGGCUUCGACAGCGACAGUUGCAGCGGCGCUGACGGAGAGCGAGCGCGCCGACAUUCGCCGCAUCCUGAGCAAGGACGCGCGGGUGCUCACGCUGUCUGGCGAUCACGGAGACAGCGAAAGCACUUCUCAGCCAAAGCUGGUCAGCAAACACCCGAUGCUGGGAGACAUCCAUCGUGCAACAAAGGAUCUGGACGUGGAUAUGGCGUCUGUGCUGCUGCAGAAAUCGGUUGCGCUUGCAGACCAAGGCAUUCUGCUGCCAGACACCAGCUUCCACUCCCUCCUCUACAUCUUUGCAACAGCGAACCUGCCCCUCAAAGCCUUCCAGACGUACGAGAUGCUGCUCUCUGUGGGCUACCAGCCAUCGGAGAACGUGCUCUCCAAGCUGGUGGCACUCUGCGCGUCCAACAACGACUUGGACUUGGCGCAGGACGUCAUCAACACCAUGCGUCGCUUCAAUAUUGUCCCGCACUACCGCACCUUCUGGAAGCUGAUCGAAACACGAGCGCGCGUGGACGCAACGGUCGCCAUUGAGGAGGUCUCGCGCGUCAUGGACGAGCUGCGCAUGCCAUAUCCGGGUCACUCUGCAUAUGAGAGCAUGAACGAUGUGCUGGCGGUUGUGGUCGAGUGCGCGGUGCAGCAGCUGUGCGGAGACGAACGUGUUCAGCAAUUGGCCGUGUUGUUUCGCCUCUUCGAGACAUCAAAUCAACCGCUUGGGGAGCGGCUGUGCGCGGCCAUUCUGGAGCACGUUGGGCGAAGCGACGAGUGGGAUGUGGCGCCCACCACCAUCGAGCAGCACACGGGUCGAUGUAUGUCAUGCGCAGAUGCCCUCAGACCCAUCGCCCUCAGCGACGACGACCUUUCGCAACUGAGCGGCGCCGUGACGCAAUAUCUCCAGCACGAGCGCGUACCGGACACGGAGGUCGCAAGCCUCAAACAAAUGAUCGAAAACCUCGGUGACGUCGAGAUUUUCAUUGAUGGGCUGAACGUCGGCCACUUUGGCGUGAAGGCGUUUCAACUCGACCUCGUUCUCGCUGUCGCCCACCAGCUCAAGGCUGCCGGUUAUUCGUACGUUGUAGUUCUGCGACGCCACGCCAUCAAGCGCACAAAUCGUUGGCAACAAGCAAGAAUAGACGAGCUGCAGGACGAAGGUCGCCUCCUGCUGCUGGCGGACAAAUUGUCCGAUGACAUUCGAUUCAUCUGUGCGGCCGUCCAAUUGCGGCCGCAUUCAUACGUGCUGACGAACGACAUGUUCCGCGACCACAUGUACCGCGUAUCAAAGAUACCCGGUGGACAUCUGUUUGACCGGUGGCGGCGCGGGCACUGCAUCAGCUACGAUAUGGUGUACAAACGAGGCAGCCGACAGCCCACCAUCAACCUCAUGUGGCCGCCAAAGCAUGACAACGUCGCACAGCCAACCGAGACUGCAUGGCACUUGCCCUGUGUCGACAACACCUGGCUGUGCUGCGCAUAUGCAGACCAGCUCGUCGGGUGACGGCACAGACAUGGUGUGGAGUAGCAAAUGGACAGGAGGAGGUGCAUGUGAUCAUGCAUUUGUGCGUGCAUGCGUGUGUGCGUGCAUAUGGGAAUGUGCACGAAUGCAAGUGUUGUGGAAGCUUCUGUGCUUUGUCCAGGUAUGGUCGUGUAUUAAAGCGCGUUAGAGGCA